AUGGGUGUUUUUGCCAAAACCCUUAAAGGAAAUGCCAGUUUUGUCCAAAAAAUGGCAAAAAAGUCACAAAAUGACUGUGGGAUGCAGCAAAUGGCCACAAAUGUGGACUAUUUGCCUAGUGCCGGUGUCACAGGACCAGGAGGUGGCUGUCAGAUCUUCAGAACCAAGUAUCCCUGCAGUCAGUCUUAUGCUUCCAGCAAGCUUACAAGUGAGUUCCUUAAUAGUAACUUUGCACUAGUGGUUUAUCAGGAUAGCAGGCAUUGGCUGAUGAUUGAGGAAGCAGAAGAGAAAGAGUUACAGCUAUAUUGUAGCGAAUCAGUUGAAAAACCAGAAGAAAAAGAGUUACAGAAUGGUGGCAAAUCUGAAGUUAACAUCCAGCAAUGCUGUAAACAUUGCAUAAUCCAAAAAAAGCAACAUGAACAAGUCACUCCCAGAAGAUUUCUGAAAGGACAGUUUUGCUUGAAGUUGGAUGAUGAAGGAACCUUUGAAUGUACAGCGACAGGGUUAAUUUUUGAAGUAACCAGAGCUGUCACCAUUGAAUAUUCAGUUUUGUCUUGGACCAAAUAUGCUGCUUAUGUUAAAGAUCCUUGGAUUGUUGUGGGCCCUAUAUUUGAUAUCAAAUGUACUUCUUCCGUUCUUACUUCCAUUCAGUUUCCACACACCCUCUGCCUGAAUGAUCAUUUGUUUGAGAAGGCCUUCAAAGUAUUCCAUUUCAAAAAGAAUGGUCCAGAAUUUGAAGGCUCCAUUGAUCAUUCAACCACACAUGUCAAAUGGAACGUGAGCUCACUGUCUCCAGUUGGACCAGUAAUUGAGAGAUAUGAUCCAGUUUAUUAUCAUGGGGUAGUCAUUUUAUAUAAAGUUAUCAACAAUCAUCCUUCCUUGAAAUUCCGUGUGUAUAUAGCUACAAAUAACAAUUCAUUUAUAAAGGAUAUAUCCAAAACUGUAAGACGAUCUCUUAAUAAAUUCAUUAAAAUUGAAAAACCUCCUUGUCAUAAAUUACUGCAAAAUGGAAAGAAAUACAGAUUAACUAGUGAUCCGGAAGCUGACAUAACCCCUGAGGAAAUUCAGUUUGGAGAUGACUCCACCCUGGCAGAGAAGCCUUUUUUUGAGGUAUAUUUAGAACAGCCAAUGGAACUUAUGUUAUCUUUGGUGGAUUUGGAGUCUGAAGAAGUUGUGUGGAAGGCAAAGCUCAGAGAAUCCGAUUGGACUCUACAUAACCAGAAUGAUAAUGAGCAGGAAAAAUCUUUUAACUGUAAGUGUUUGGAACAGAUCUGCUUAAAAUUGGUUUUGUACACCAUACCAUUACAUUAACUUUUUUAUGACUUCUCAAAUGGGAGCACUCAUGUGUCUUUGCAACU